AUGGAUAUAGAUACGGCAGGGAUGUCGUUCACCAAAUCUGGACUUCUCGAAAUCAGGCAAGAACGUCCUAUGACGCCGGUCUACGUUCCUCUCGAUCUCCAGAUCAACACACUCUUAAGACUGCCUGUGAAGUCUCUAUUGAGAUUUCGAUGCGUCUCCAAGCUUUGGUCAUCAAUCAUCACUAGCCGAGAUUUCAGGAACCAGCACUUGAAGAUUGGUGCUUCCUCAGCUCCUCCUCGUCUACUCAUUGCUUUUGUGGAACCUUACGGAGAAAAGGUUCUGGUAGUCUCGUCGCCUAACCCAAACGCACCUUCCUUCUCCUCUUGUUCCUACAGAGAUCUGAGCCUAGUCAAAAACAUUAAAGGGAAUAUGAUGUAUAAUGCUUGUCGGGGCUUGAUCUGCGUUGGAACCGGUUUCAAAGAUGUGGGGAUUUAUAACCACAGCACAAGGCAGCUACAUACUUUCCCCCAAUUCAAAUUCAAAAAAGGUCCAGAAGUGUUCCCACGCCCCAAUUACAUGUUAGGGUAUGAUCCUGUUGAAGAUCAAUACAAAGUGCUUGCCGUUGAUGCUUUUUCUGAUCAGAGAUUGGAGCACAAGGUUGUGACAUUGGGAGGAGAAGAAGCUUGGAGAGAGGCUCCAUGUGUCGCCUGUCCUCACAUUGUUUCUACACGGGGGUUAUAUAUGAACGGAACCCUGUACUACGAGGCCUCGAGGAAAUACUUGGAUUACCAGAAUACUAUCUAUAUAAUUGUGAGUUUUGAUGUUAUGCUUGAAACGUUCAACAUCAUCAAAGUACCAAGCAAAGUUUUAACAUUGGGUAUGUGGUUUCCUUAUCCUUGGGUUGAUACAAGUGAAAGUGAUAACGACACGGAUAAAACUCUGAUCAACUACAGAGGAAAAAUUGGAGUGGUUGAGAAUCCUCGUCUCAAGGGUAGUUUUAGAAUGUGGGUUGUGGAAGAUGCUGAGAAAGAGGAAUGGUCCAUGAGCACUUUUCAUCUCCCUGAAUCUGCUGCUGCUGGCCUUGACUUCCUGGUCAUGGAUACCUUUUCUAACGGUGAGAUUUGUCUGGUUCCAAAAGAGUUGUCUGAUCCGUUUUGUUUGUACUAUUACAAUUUGGAGAAGAAAAGCAUGAGAAGUGUCAGAAUUGAAGGACUGCCUGUUUCCGAGUUUAAGCGAGCCGAAAGACUUUCUUUGACUAUUUCAGAUCAUUAUGAGAGCCUCAUGUUUUCAGAAACCUGA